GGAAUUAAGGAGUUGAAGAAGAUGAUAAGAGUGAGGGAGUUCAACAUGGAGGACUCGAGGGCGGUGGAGGAGAUGGAGAAGCAGUGCGAGGUAGGCCCAAGCGCCACCUCGACCGCCGGCAUCACCAAGAAGAGGAACAAGAAUAAGAGGACUACUUCACUCUAUGUAGACCUAUUAGGAGACCCCAUGUGCCGGGUCCGGCACACCCCAGACCAUGUCAUGCUGGUCGCAGAGUAUGGGGAGAAGAAGGAGAUGGUGGGGGUGAUAAGAGCAUGCGUUAAGAUGGUGUCAAGGGGGAGGGAACCCACCAGCCAGAUCCCUGCUUACGUUAAGGUGGCUUAUAUUCUCGGCCUCCGAGUCUCCCCUUCUCACAGGCGGCUGGGGAUCGGGACGAAACUGGUGGAGAAAGUGGAGGCGUGGUGUCUGGCUCGCGGGGCGGAGUACGCGUACAUGGCCACCGACGGCUCCAACGUCGCCUCCCUCAAGCUCUUCUCCGGCCUUUCCUACGUCCGCUUCCGCUCGCCGGCCGUCCUCGUCCACCCCGUGCACGCCCACCACCUCCCCCCGUCUUCCUCCGCCACCCUCCUCCGCCUCUCGCCCACCCUCGCCGCCGCCCUCUACUCCCACCACCUCCCCCCCUCCUCCACCGAGUUCCUCCCCUCCGACCUUCCCUCCCUCCUCUCCCACCCCCUCACCCUCGGCUCCUUCCUCGCCGUCCCUUCUUCUGUCUCUCCUCCUUUGUACUCUCUAACAAAAGCCCUUCCCGAAUCCUUUGCUAUGCUUUCCCUCUGGGACUGCACCAGGGUCUUCCACCUCCGCGUCGCCGGCGCCCCCGCCGCCGCGCGCUCUGCCCUCGCCCUCCUGCGCUUCCUCGACGAAAGGGCUCCCUGGAUGCGGCUUCCUUCCGUGCGCGACCUCUUCCGCCCCUUCGGCGUCUACUUCAUGUACGGGCUCCGAAUGGCCGGGCCCGAGGGGCCCCGCCUCCUCCGCGCCCUCUGCCACUUGGCCCACAACCUCGCCGUCGCCGACGAGGCCUGCGCUGCCGUUGUCGCCGAAGUCGGCCGCCAUGACCCCGUCCGUGCCGCCGUCCCUCACUGGCGCCGCUUCUCCUGGGACGAGGACGUCUGGUGCAUGAAGCGACUCAAAGCCGAUACCAAGGAUGAUGACUGGAUUGCAUCUCCGCCGUCCACGGACGUUAUCUUCGUCGAUCCGCGGGAAUUUUGA